AUGUCGUAUCUCAAUAAAAGUUGGCCGAAAGUGGUUUCUUAUCCUACAACUGGUUUUAUAUCUACGCAGGCGGUAUCGAUUCGGACGGGUAUCAUGAAGAUCAAGAGUUCUAUUCAAGACAUUUUGCAGCAGGUUGUUCGGAAGAACAGCGACUCUCUUGGUCGACGUUUGGUAGGGUGCAAAAGAUUCGCGGAAACGAUGCGAGCAAACACAGAGCCAGUCAGUAUUCUCUAUGAUAUGGAUAUGCAGUAGACUCUUGAUGAGCAUAGAGUAAGAGGCUUUUAUGAAUCUACGUCCCGUUUGAUUUUAACUAUUCCAGUUGUGAACAAAUGAGUAUGAAAGAAUAAGAUGCACGUUAUAUUUUCCCACUGUUAUCAGGUAAUCCAACCUUCGACUACGGUCUCUUCGUCCGUCAUGGUGGAGAUGAAUUUUUCUCGUUAUCAGACGAGAAAGCGAGGAAGGAGCUUACCGAAGAGUACAUCGAGCAACAAUACAAAAACCAAGUAGUUCUUCGUUGGAACCGUUACAUGACGGUGAGCAAAUCCUUGCGAGGACGGUUGCGGCUUAGUGGGUUGGGAAUCGGAUGGAUACUGCGGAACCGCCUAGAUGAUCUUUUUCUCGCGGAGGGCUUGCGAGCGUCCGCAGUGAGCGUCGAUAGCUUCACGGAAUCCCAAAUAGUUGACUACUUUGUUGCGCUCACCUUAGCACCUAUGGAUGCUGUGCAUGCCGUCCAGCUGUCUUUUGGUCCUGGUUCGCAACGAGAGCAGCUGGAUGCCAUGGAGCGGGAGCUGAAGUUUGUUCGCGGUAUUUUACACGACUACGAUCGUGUCGUAGAAGAAAUAUUCAUCAUCACGUCAGUAGAUUUCAGCUCCGAUGGUUCUCUGGAUGCUACUCGCUGCGUAUCUUUGGAGCUUCGCAUUCUGGUUGAUUCUCUGCGACGAGCUGCUAUCCAUGUUCUUCGUUCAGUUGCUAAGAUUCUUUUGUUUUGGCGGUGCAGCUAUGGAGGCAAAGGGCGACAGAAUUCGCAGUUUGAGUGGCUAAGAGCAUACUUCGAGUCUAGUGGUUUUGCGGCAAAAGUAAACUAUGUGCAGAAACAUCUACUCGAGAAGAAGUUGUGUUGUUACCGAGGUGAUCCGGGAAGCGUGUUUUUACUUUCUCUUCGACAGAAGCUGCUGGCGAUUUCUACGUGGAAGCAGCGAAUUGAACUGGUUGAUCGAAUUGGGUUCGUGAUCGAUAAUGUUGUAGAGCCUUGCGCCGACGACUGCGAGAAGUACAUAGGUCGAGUUAGUCGUAGACAAAAUUAUCGAGAUUACAAGGGCCUACCUCGCAUUGCAGUAGAGUCGGGGCUGGCAGAGUGGUCGAGUGAGCGGAUGCGCGUGGAGCAACAAAUUGCACACGUCGUGCAAAAAAUAGAACAACGGAAAGAAGAGGCUACGCAGGCAAAGGAGUACGCGGGCCCUAAAGAUGCUUAUCGUAGUUUUCUCGCAGGGUCGUCAUCUACAACAAGGAACCAACUAUCGAAGAAGGCGAAGAAAGAAGAACUGUGGAAGAAUCAAAGCGUGCAGGUGAAGAAGAGACACGAGAUAGAAGUAGCAGCAGCGAAAGCGGAGCACUUAGAACACGAGAGGCACGCAGUAGUUAACAUGCAGUGGGAUAUUUUGCCGGAAGAGUUAGAAGUAUUAGACCAAAAGCCUUGCUCGAUCAUCCUCAAAGAAUAUCGCGAACGACUAGAAGUUGCAACCUGUCAGUACUACCAACUGCCGAAGAAGCCGCUGCCAAUCAAAUUUCGACAGUUGCUUCGAUCCAUCUACAGGCAGAAGCACCCUAAGAUGCAGGUUGAUAAUCUGUGCGAAAUUUUGCAUCCCCGAGAAGGAAACUGGUUUGAUCUAGCUAAAGUAGAAGUUAAUGAGCAUAUUGAUCCAGUUGUGAAGCCUGGGACGAGCACCAAGCAGAAGAAGUCGAUCAAGCCGAAGACACCAGGAUGGAGUAGACCUGCAAAGCCAACUUUUUUAACGAAUUUGCUUUGUCGAUUUAGCAAACGAUGGCAGCCGAAGGAAAAAAAAGCUGCUGGUGGUAUGCCUCAAUCCAUAAGGCGCGGCUCUGCUACAACUACUGCGUCCACAUCUGCUACUACUGCGUCUACAUCUACUACUUCUACAACUUCCGGCUCGGGUCCCGCGACCUCUGAGUUCUUGACCGCUGACGAAGCAAAGCAGGACGCUAUGGAGAAAGAGGAGAAACGGCUUCAAGGAUGGGAAGCUCCUGGCGCGUCUGCGUUGGACGACGAAGAAUCUGCUCCAUCUAGUUCUGAAUCUGAAGACAGCGAAACUGAUGAGCAAGAACGGAAAGCAAAAGCGUUGGAUCAUCUAAGUUGGCCUACUGACAAGGAACCGCCUCAGCUGCUCAUAGUCUUUUUUCGUGAGGAAGAUGCAGCUCGACCAACGUGCCUUUCCGGGUUUUUAGUCGCGAAGGUGUUGCUAAAGCCGUAUAUGUGGCUUGGAUGCCCUGUUAUUCCGAACUUCUAUGGCGAUAAUGAGGAGAUAGUGCUGUUCGACUACUAUGAUGACCCAGAUUGCUACUAUUUUUCUACCGAUGAAGCUCAUGGUUAUGACCGUCCGUUUGAGGUGUGGUCUGCUCAAAUUGUACAGAGUGCUGAAGUGGACGGAGGUGCUAGCAUAGAACUGGGGGAGCAGCUUGCAGUACAGCGAGGCGUGAAACCAGAAAAGCCUACCAGUCCUACUAAAAAAGUAGUGUCGCCACAGAAUAAGCCGAAAGCGAAGAUGAAGUCCAAGAGAACAACGGACGGCGCAGCUGCUAGAAACCUCUUACCACAGUUGGCAGACCACAUCAAGGCAACUAGUGAAGGAGGCCUUGUUCAACCAAAAGGCGUCGCGCAGUGGAGUCCACAAAAAAGUGCUGCGAAGGUAAAAGCUAAGGCUAUGAAGACAGCAGCAAAAUCAAAAGCAACAGGUAAGAAGCAAGUCAAGGGCGACGAAAUAGCACAGGACCAAGAAGAUGACUUACUUGCUGACGAUCCUACUGUGGCUUCGCAUCAAACUAGUAGAGCGCGCGUUGGUCCUCCUCCGGUUUUGCAUCAUAGCUUGGAAGGAGAAAAGUCUCUAGUAAUUGAAGCUUCGUCUCUAGUAGUUGAAGCUUCGUCUGUACUGGUAGGCGUUAGUAGUGUUGACGAGGGGCGACAUCUAGCGGGGGUUGAUCAGAAGGAGGACCUCGUAGUUACGCCUAAGCAUAAAACAUCUGUCGCUGCAGUUCCUGCAGCUGCUAGUUUGUUGCGGCCGUCUGUCGCUGAAAAGUCCCUGAAGGUGGUGGAUGAUAGGAGGGCCGAGGACUCGGAGCAACGUGUCUUGGAAGAUGUACAGAUCAAGCAAAAAGACAAUACUUCAUCUCCUGACACACGAGCUUUAGACGAUUUUUUCGCAGAUGUGACCGAUGAAGAUCGUGCUUUAGCAUUUGGCGUUCCGGAUCCUUCCAUUCUUAGCAGUGUCGUGGAUGACAUGAACAAACAGGCAGACGCGGGUUCCAGUGGAGGCCCCGUGGCAAGUGCGCCUUCACCGGUCCCCGGCAUACCUAUUGAGGGGUCUACGACUGGCGUUAGAUCCGGUAUUUUUAUGAUGUUAUCUGUGUAUUUAGUUGUUACCUUAUGGCACAAGUUUAACAUUCGUCCAUGUCAUGGUCCUUAUCGAACUUGCAUCCAUCUUUUUCAUAUCUGAAAUUGUAGGUCCGCCUCCUGUCUCGUCUGUGCCAGAAACGUCAGGCGUCAGUGUUAACCACGAGGACAAGGCAAACAAUAAAGACUCCAUAGUUACGGAUGCUGUAGAAGAGCGUGAACGACGUCGCCGACAAGGUGGCUUCAAGAGGCGGGCGGACUUUGAAGCGGCUUGUGCUAAAUUACACAAGAAUCUCUUUGGCGAGAAGGACAUGAUGAACGUGACAGGGGCUUCUUCUACAACGAUGCCCCUUCGUGCAGUCAGCAAAGCUGCAAAAGCAAAACCAAGCCAGUUGCCCUCUGUCGUCAAGUCUACUGUUGUUCUUGCUCGUGCCGACCCAUCCAAAAGUGUAGCAACUGCAGAAGCCUUGAACAAGCCAGUAGUAGCUACGGAAAGCCAGCGAGUAGACAAGCAGCGAGCCAAGUGCGUCACUUCUUCUGUCGUAAAUCAUGGCCUUGUUCCGUUGGGAUUCACAGUUCAUUGCUACGCGAAGAGUUACAAGGCUGCAGCGAAUACUCCUCAUUUAGUGUCAAGAAUCAGAAGCAUCGGGCUGCGCAUGGAAAUGUGGACGGAUUCUGACAAGGGGUUUCGAUACAUGUCAGCAGGCAAAACGGAGCAGUCAUCUAGCUUUGCGGGGACGUGGCUCACCGGUUGGACAUUGCGGACGGAUCUUGUUGUUCGUUGUUUUGAUGCGAAAGCAUUCCAAAAGCAUUUGAUACCUAAGUGGCUAGAGACUUUCAACAAUGUGAUGGAUAAACUGAAGCAGGAUAAGUUAGGACACUUCAAGCUCAACGACAAAGAAGCUACCAUGUGGCAAGAUUUGAUAGAGUUUUCAGAUGAAGAAAAAACUUUACUGCAUAUGAAAAAAAAGGACUAGGUCGGGUUUUUAUUCAAAGUAAUUUUAUUGGAGAACGUCUUGCAUAAAUUCAAAUAUACUCAACGAUCUUGCGGAUUUGGUUAAAAGCAGGAGCAUGAACAACGUAACUCAAAUGCAUUUCAAAUGCAUUUCAAAUGCAUUUCAAAUGCAUUUCAAAUGCAUUCCAAAUGGAUCACUCUUAAACUUUAAACGAGGAUAGCAUGCGUUUUAAACUUGUGAGACAAAACUAAAAGUGCAAACUUCUAUUUGAAAUUUGCAUUUUUAGGUUUGGAUCUGAAGUCUCAAAUGAGUUCGUAGCCCAUUUUCAAUUUAAGAGUGAUCCAUCUGAAAUGCAUUUGAAAUGCAUUUGAAAUGCAUUUUGCAUGUGUUUUCGUGCCAUUUGAUGUGAAUGUUUUGCGUAGAAAAUCGAUAAAGUCAUCUAUCGGAGUUACGACUUCCUUCAAAAUUGAAAAUACGUCUUAGCCUGAGUUUUGGACUUAUUUCAUACUUACAGGUCUGAUAUAGAAACUAUUACUACUCAUGUCGAUGUCGGUGUUUGUUGCUUUCGUGAAUUGCAGGGCACUUGCACACAAAAAUCAAGGUUGCCUCCCUUUUUGAAAUAAU